GUAACCGCUUCCCUUUUUUGUAAUUGGGAAUAUAACAAAUUUCGUGUUUCACUAUUAAGUUUCUAGUUUCUUGACCUGUUGAAAGCUCAAAAAACUUGAGACUCAAUCUAAAAAAACAGAGACAAUGGCUGAAAUACCAAAACACCAUGUUCCUGAAGAAAACAGCACAAAAUCUGAAAAAACAGGAAUUCAAGAGGAGGUGCCAUAUUUGGCUCUUGACAUCGGGGGAUCACUAAUCAAGCUAGUGUAUUUCUCGAGACAUGAGAAAUCACCAGCAGAAGAUCAAGAAAAUACUAACAUGAUGAAGGCUUUGGAACAUAGAAGUCACCCUGUUCAUGGCGGAUGGCUUCGUUUCAUAAAGUUUGAGACAAGGGAUAUCAAUCAGUGUUUGGAUUUUAUCAAAUUCAAGCAGCUUCAUUGCCAAGUUGGAACUGAUAUAGAAAGCAAACAAAAAGGACUUGCUGCAAAAAUUAAGGUCACUGGGGCUGGAGCAUACAAGUUUGCGGAUUUGUUUAUGGAAAAGAUUGGUGUUACAGUUGAAAAAGAAGAUGAGAUGGAUUGUUUAGCGGUUGGAGCAAAUUUCUUGCUUAAGGUAAUUCAAAACGAAGCGUUUACCUUCAUAGAGGGCAAAAAGGAAAGUGUUGAUAUUGAUAAGAGUGAUUUGUUCCCUUAUAUUUUUGUGAAUAUUGGUUCUGGUGUUAGCAUACACAAGGUUGCAGGAGAUGGCAAUUCUGAAUUAGUUGAUGGAACUCGUAUGGGUGGCAUUACUUGUUGGGGGCUUGGAAGGUGGUUGACGAAAUGCAAGAGCUUUAGUGAGAUCAUAGAGUUGAGUAAAUGCGGAAACACUAAAAGAGUAGAUUUGUUUGUCGAAGACACCUUUGGUGACAGGGAAUGUGUUGAGAAACAUACUAAUAAGUGGACUGGACCGCCUAACAUGAAUAUCGGAAGUUUUGGAAAGGCAAUCUCUGAAAAUAAAACACUUGAAGAUUGCAACGCGGAAGAUAUGUCUUUGUCUCUGUUGGAAAUGAUUUCGCAAAACAUUGCGCAGAUUGCCUCCUUGAAUGCCCGUAUAUAUGGAAUCAAGAGGAUCUUUUUUGGAGGAUCGUUUAUAAAGGACAAUACAUGUACCCUGGAGACCCUGUCAUCUUCAGUUCGUUACGCAUCAAAAGGUACAGCAAAAGCAAUGUUUUUACGGCAUGAAGGAUUUGUAGGAGCAUUAGGUGCGCUCACGAGCUAUGAGAAUAAGCAUGGCCUUUUUAUUAUGGAUGAAUCACAAGAUGUGGAAACUACCUUAAAGAGCACAUCUUCAUGCCACGAUCGACUUUGGAGUUUUAGGGACUAGGAACCACAGAGUUCCUCAGUUCCAUAGCACAGUAAAUGCCAACAGAAAGCUGCCAUGGAAUCUGCAAAUUUAUCGCAGAAUUUGUUUUUAUCUUUGUUGCAUGUAUUGUUCGUAUUUUAAGAUUGUGUGGAAAAAAACAAACAAUUUACAGUAUACAUACAUUACUUGCAAUUCCAAUUGCACAUACAGAUGCAUGACAGGCCAGCCAAUGUAAAACCAAGAAUGGAGUAGGCGUCUCCACCGUCUGAUGGGCCUCUCAGAUUCCAUUUAAGUUUCGACAAGAAGAAGUCAAUCAGUAUGGUGUAAAUGUAGCAGACCUCUCUGGCCAACUCUAAAUUUGCUAUAGGGUGUAAAUGUAGCAGGUGAGAGAGAAAUGCGGACUUUUGCUGCUUGUUCGAUA